AGUUUGGCUACAAAUUGGAAUCUGUCGUGCUGUGUCUCAAUUGCUUUUCCGAUAGUUGUUGUGAUGGCCAAAAUCAAGGUCUAGGUAAUUCUGGUGGAAGAAUGCUGAAACUCUGCUAAAGUCGAGCUGAUUCCAAAAUUUGUACAAGGUAAACUUGCUUAUGGCUUCGCCAGACAAUAUAUUGGCAGAUGUAGAUAAUUUUUUGCAAGAUCUAGCCAACUCGAGCGCCUCGCCUCCGCAGGAGCAUCUAUCGAUGCCUCAUCAACACGGACCCCAUGAGCAUCCUAUGCAUGGACAUGAAGGACAUAUGAUGCAGCACGGAAUGGGGAUGGGAAUGGGGAUGCAUGAAGGGCAUAUGAUGAAAAUGUGGUUUCAUGGUGGUUGGAACGAAGUGAUUUUGUUCGAUUUUUGGCGGAUAGAUUCUUUAUCAGGUCUGAUACUUUCUUUUAUCGCAAUAUUUAUCAUGGGCGCAAUGUACGAAGGGAUCAAAUGGUUUCGUGUGUUUUUACAAAUGAGCAACUCAGCACCAAAGUGUUGUAGACAGAGCGAGAAUGGCAUCAGUCUCCAGCAUGUCGUUCAAGACAAGGCGCCUCUGCAAGAUGAAGUUGGUCGAAGUAAUUCGAAUGAAAAUGUCUAUAAUCCAACAACAACGCCACCUAGCCACACUAUACGAUCUCACAAUCGCCGCUCAAGUCCAUACACCAAUUCAUCUCCAUGUUCGUCUGCGCGACUUAUUCAAGCAGCACUCUACAUCGUACAACUUGUCCUAGCAUACUGGCUUAUGCUUAUCGUCAUGACUUACAACACCUGGCUCACCAUCGCUGUGAUCCUCGGUGCAGGAUUUGGACAUUGGCUCUUCGCCGUCUUGAAGAUUCGAGAUGCUGCCGGUGAGACGGCUGAUUCAUUUGCGACUGAUGCUUGUCAUUAAAGGCACGGAUGGAGGCAAUAGCUUACAGAGGAGUACUAUAUAAAGUCAGCCAAAUUUUCCGCUAUCGCAGGAAGGUGUUAUUUCAUUACGAGAGGAUCAAAGAUUUCUAAGUAAUAACACGCCUAAAAAUUAGGAGGACGGUCUAUCUUAAUCAUAUCUGUUCUGUUUGGCCUCGUUAACUUAUCUGUUGCAUUGAAUUAAACAUUUCACCUG